AGUCCUGCUCCGCCCGGGCCACCCCCCCCCCCCCCCCCCCGGCCCCGCCCCUAUGCGCGCUGGUUGGUCCUCGCAGGCAUGAUGAAACUUCCCGCACGCAUUACAGGAGCCAGGUCGGUAUAAGCGCCCGCAGUCUAGCCGCCCGGCACGCUGUCCGCUGCCCGGCCUCCGCUCACCGUAUCUCCUUGACUUGCUUACGCCCAGAUUUUCUUCAAUCACAUCUGAAUAAAUCACUUAGAGAGAGCUUAUAGCUUCAUUGCACCAUGUGUGGUAUCUGGGCCCUGUUUGGCAGUGACGACUGCCUUUCUGUUCAGUGUCUGAGUGCUAUGAAGAUUGCACAUAGAGGGCCAGAUGCAUUCCGUUUUGAGAAUGUCAAUGGAUACACCAACUGCUGCUUUGGAUUUCACCGGUUGGCAGUAGUUGACCCGCUGUUUGGAAUGCAGCCAAUUCGAUUGAAGAAAUAUCCCUAUUUGUGGCUCUGUUACAAUGGUGAAAUCUACAACUAUAAGAAGAUGCAAGAGCAUUUUGAAUUUGAAUACCAGACCAAAGUGGAUGGUGAGAUAAUCCUUCAUCUUUAUGACAAAGGAGGAAUUGAGCAAACAGUUUGUAUGUUGGAUGGUGUGUUUGCAUUUGUUUUACUGGAUACUGCCAAUAAGAAAGUGUUCCUGGGCAGAGAUACAUACGGAGUCAGACCUUUGUUUAAAGCAAUGACAGAAGAUGGAUUUUUGGCUGUAUGUUCAGAAGCUAAAGGUCUUGUUACAUUGAAACACUCUACGACUCCCUUUUUAAAAGUGGAGCCUUUUCUUCCUGGACACUAUGAAGUUUUGGAUUUAAAGCCAAAUGGCAAAGUUGCAUCUGUGGAAAUGGUUAAAUAUCAUCACUGUCGGGAUGAACCCCUGCACGCCCUCUAUGACAAUGUGGACAAACUCUUUCCAGGUUUUGAGAUAGAAACUGUGAAGAACAACCUCAGGAUCCUUUUUAAUAAUGCUGUAAAGAAACGUUUGAUGACAGACAGAAGGAUUGGCUGCCUUUUAUCAGGGGGCUUGGACUCCAGCUUGGUUGCUGCCACCCUGUUGAAGCAGCUGAAAGAGGCCCAAAUACAGUAUCCUCUCCAGACAUUUGCAAUUGGCAUGGAAGACAGCCCUGAUUUACUGGCUGCUAGAAAGGUGGCAAAUCAUAUCGGAAGUGAACAUUAUGAAGUCCUUUUUAACUCUGAGGAAGGCAUUCAGGCUCUGGAUGAAGUCAUAUUUUCCUUGGAAACUUAUGACAUUACAACAGUUCGUGCUUCAGUAGGUAUGUAUUUAAUUUCCAAGUAUAUUCGGAAGAACACAGAUAACGUGGUGAUCUUCUCUGGAGAAGGAUCAGAUGAACUUACGCAGGGUUACAUAUAUUUUCACAAGGCUCCUUCUCCUGAAGAAGCCGAGGAGGAGAGUGAGAGGCUUCUGAGGGAACUCUAUUUGUUUGAUGUGCUCCGCGCAGAUCGAACUACUGCUGCCCACGGCCUUGAACUGAGAGUCCCAUUUCUAGAUCAUAGAUUUUCUUCCUAUUACUUGUCUCUGCCGCCAGAAAUGAGAACUCCAAAGAAUGGGAUAGAAAAACAUCUCCUGAGAGAGACGUUUGAGGAGUCCAAUCUGAUACCCAAAGAGAUUCUCUGGCGACCAAAAGAAGCCUUCAGUGAUGGAAUAACUUCAGUUAAGAAUUCCUGGUUUAAGAUUUUACAGGAAUAUGUUGAACAUCAGGUUGAUGAUACAAUGAUGGCAAAUGCAGCCCAGAAAUUUCCCUUCAAUACUCCUAAAACCAAAGAAGGAUAUUACUACCGUCAAAUCUUUGAACGCCAUUACCCAGGCCGGGCUGACUGGCUGAGCCAUUACUGGAUGCCCAAGUGGAUCAAUGCCGCUGACCCUUCUGCCCGCACACUGACCCACUACAAGUCAGCUACCAAAGCUUAGGAAACCCAGGCCACAUGGAGAGGCUGCAUGUGAAUUUGGGCUGACCGGCCUAGCAAAGGGCUCAGUCGACAGCCAACAACGGCCACCAGCUGCCAGCUGUGUCAGGGAGUGAGGCUCCAGAUGGUUCCAGCUGCUAAUCUUUGAGUCUUCUACCUGGAGCCCACACAUGGAAAGGAGAGAGGAGCCAUCCCUGCUGUGUGCUCUGUCCAAGUUCUUCAUUCACAAAUCUGUGAGCAUAAUAAAAACCUGUUUG